GACUUCUAAAAACAGACGACGUAAUAUGCAAAUUGGCCUAGUAGAGCGUGAUGCUAUUCUAAGCCCGACGCUCUGUACCUCCAACGCGGGCUCUUCCUCCUCUGUCCCAUUCGCGAAGCCACCAAAUGGAAAGAUGAUCUUGCUAUCAUUUCUCGUUUACAGACCCAAAUUCUGCCAACCCAUCUCCCAGUUUCCACUCCUUUCCUCAAUUCUCUUCGCAAGAUUGAAUUUUUCACUCCAUUUCCAUCGCUUUGCUCCUUCAAAACCCUCCCAUGAUAAUGGUAAUGGCCACUAUCCCGAUCUCCUCAGUUACAAAGACUGGCUAAGCCCACCUGAAGCAAUCAGAAUUUUCCAGCACCUGAAAGAUCCCGAUUUGACCCUCCCACUCUUCGCCCAACUCUCAAGCCGCAAAGACUACAGGCCCAAUGAAUCCCUUUACGCCACACUCAUCAACAAGCUCGCACUUGCCAGGAACUUCGACGGGAUUGAGACGCUCAUGCAAAGAAUCAAGGUUGAGCGAAAAUGCCGCCUUUCUGAUGGAUUUUUCCGGAAUGUGAUCAAGAUUUACGGCCAUUCUGCUGGUAGAAUUAACAAGGCAAUCGAAACCCUUUUCGAUAUGCCGAAUUACAAGUGCUGGCCCAGCGUGAGGACCUUCAACUUCGUGUUGAAUCUGCUGGUUUCUACUAAGCAGUUCGAGGUCGUGCAUGAGGUGUACAUGGGGGCUUCCAAGUUGGGCGUCGAGAUUGAUGCUUGUUGUUUGAACAUAAUUAUUAAAGGCUUGUGUGAGUGCGGCCAGAUAAAUGCUGCCUAUAAGGUGCUCGACGAAUUCUCUGAGCAGAAAUGUAGGCCUAAUGUGAAGACAUUUUCAACUAUAAUGCACGGGUUGUGUGAGCGUGGUCGUGUGGAUGAAGCUUUUACUUUGUUGGAGAGGAUGGAGACGGAAGGCGUGGAGCUGGAUGCUGUUGUGUUUAAUAUACUGAUAUCUGGAUUGAGGAAGCAAGGUAGAGCGGAAGAGGGGAUUCAGCUUUUUGACAGGACUAUGCUCAAAGGAUGUAAUCCAAAUCCGGGGACUUACCAGGAGGUAUUGUAUUGCAUGCUUGACUCAAAGAAGUUUCAUGAAGCAAAGAAUUUCUUGAAGAGAAUGAUGGAAAAGGAUAUAAAUCCAAGCUUUGAGUCUUACAAGUUGGUUAUACAAGGCUUCUGUGGUGAGAAUCUUGUUGAAGAUGUGGAAUGGGCGUUGAAGCAGAUGGUUGGGCAUGGAUUUGUGCCAAAGAUGGGAAUGUGGAAGCAGAUGGUUCAGUGUAUAAUGGCGGAUAAACAGGCCAUCAAUAUCUUGCGAUUUGUAUGAUGGAACUGACAGGAAGUGAUCUAACUCAAAGCAUCAUUUUGCUAUUAUAUCGUCUGCAAGAUUAUACACUGAGGACUGGAUCUGCAGAUCGAAGUUUCACGUGAAGUGGAACUCAUCCUUUGCUCCGAACAGAGUGCUGGAGUACCUGCUUGAGAGGUGGCAGUACGCAAUGUCAAAUUGGGUUCCAGAUGCAUUCUUCGAGCGACAGAGCCCAUGACGUGAAAUUACCACCUCUCUAGUCGCAUCUUCGACGGUCUCAGUUGCAAUUCUUGGUCACCCCUUUCACCGACUUAGGGAACAUAUUUUUAGUGCCUGUUGUUGAGGAUAUCUUCUUUGGGGUGUAAUACAAAUUUGCUUACCUUGAUGACAA